CUAGUCACUGUCACUAGUCUGUGAGUAGUGAAUUGAGGUGUUAAUCUUGUUUUGUGGUUGUGUUUUGUAGAGUGAGAAGUUGUGCUACGAAAUAUAGGAAUCUAGGAAGAUUAAGAUUGAAACGGCAGCUGAACAUUAAGGCUCGCUGCAAUGAGUUUAGCCAAAGUCUUUUUCCACCAGUGGUGUACAAAAAACAAUGUGAAUCACACGUUUGAAUGCAGAGCCACAGGUCCAAAGAACAGACAGAGGUUUCUCUGUGAAUGCCGAGUGGAAGGGUACACUUAUGUCGGUGCAGGAAACUCCAGUAACAAGAAAGAUGCUCAGAUAAAUGCUGCCAAAGAUUUUGUACAGUAUUUAAUUCGCCAAGGGAUUGUCUCUCCAUUAGAAGUACCUAUAGAUACGGGCAAUGACGGUGAAGGUGGAGGUGGAGAACCUCGUGGGGGAGUGCCACUUCCCCCUCACCUGGGGCUGGGGCUCAACUCUCGCCCUGUGUUCCAGCCAGGUCAGGAUCCCAACACUAUGGGAUCAGCCUAUAUGCCCUUGCAGCGUGAAGGCGAGACACCCCAAACCUACCAGGACAUCAUUGCUGAUCAGAAACGUGUUGAAGAGGCUGAAGAUGUUGACAUGAAUGCAGCAAUCCAUGGGAAUUGGACAAUUGAAAAUGCCAAGUCCAAAUUACAUCAGUUCAUGGAUUUAAACAAAAUAAAGGCUGAUUAUUGUUAUACAAUGGUUGGGCCUGACCACACCAAGAGUUUUAUUUGUGAAAUGGGAUUCCCUGUAAAACAACUUGGAAGAAAAAUAUCAGCAAGGGAGGCAGGUUCUAACAAGCAGUCGGCAUCCAAGUCGUGUGCUUUAUCCAUUGUGAGGCAGCUGUUCCAUCUGGGCGUAAUUGAGGCGUUCUCUGGUACCCUCAAGAAAAACAAGGAUGCAGAGCAGAUGCCACCAUAUGAGGUGAUGGUAGCACCUGAGCUGGAGGCGCAGGUCUACGAAGUCCUGGGCGAUUUGAAAAUUGUUCCUAUUAAAAUUCCACAAGAUGCAAAAGAACCUGUGUCACUGCUCUCUGAUCAGGUGUUGGACGACUUUGUAACCAGCAAGCCACAGCCUGCCGGUGUAGUUUCGUGGUCUCCACCCCAGCCCAACUGGAAUCCCUGGACGGCUUGCAACAUAGAUGAAGGCCCUCUUGCCACGGCUAACAUGGACCAGAUCAGUGAGGAUCUGCUUCAAGGCCAGAAGGAGAGGUUAAUGAGUGACUCCAGGUUGCAGAACAUGAUAGAUCAGAGGAACCAACUGCCAGUGGCCGCUAUGAGGAAUGAAAUCAUGACAGCCAUAAAUGAAAACUCUGUUGUUAUCAUUAGAGGCAACACAGGAUGUGGUAAAACAACUCAGGUAUGCCAGUUUAUCAUGGAUGACUAUAUCCAGUCAGGACAGGGAGCCUACUGUAACAUUGUGGUGACCCAACCCCGCCGUAUAUCUGCUGUGUCUGUGGCGGACCGUGUGUCCUGCGAGCGGGGAGAGGAACUUGGUCUCAGCACAGGCUACUCUGUGCGAUUCGAGUCCUGCCUGCCCCGCCCCUAUGGUGGCAUCAUGUUUUGUACUGUAGGUGUACUGCUGCGUAAGCUGGAGAAUGGGCUGCGCGGGGUGUCACACGUUAUUGUUGAUGAGAUCCAUGAAAGAGACGUGAACACUGACUUUGUGAUGGUGGUAUUGAGGGAUAUGGUCCACACUUACCCUGACGUUCGCAUCAUCCUCAUGUCUGCCACCAUUGACACCACACUGUUCAGCUCCUACUUCAACAACUGUCCUGUAAUCGAAGUGCCCGGUCGAGCCUUUCCAGUUCAAGAGUACUUUCUAGAGGAUUGUGUACAAUUGCUGAAAUUCGUCCCUCCUCCUGAUUCAAGGAAACGAAAAAGUGGUAGUGGAGAUAAAGAUGAUGGAAUUCCUGACGAAUACGAGGAAAAUCUUAACACCAAAGUUACUAAUGAUUAUUCAAUUGAGACACAAAAAAGUGUUGCAAUGAUGAGUGAAAAAGAUAUUUCUUAUGAGUUGAUUGAGGCACUGCUGAAGUACAUUAAAGGACUCGGCAUUCCAGGAGCAGUGUUGAUCUUCCUUCCAGGUUGGAAUAUUAUCUUCUCACUGAUGAAAUAUCUACAGCAAUCACCUGUAUUUGGAGGUCCAGGCUACAUUAUCAUUCCUCUUCACUCCCAACUACCUAGAGAGGAUCAGCGACGAGUAUUUGAACCAGUCCCAGACAAUGUGACCAAGAUUAUUCUGUCAACCAACAUUGCCGAGACAUCGAUCACAAUCAACGAUGUGGUGUAUGUGAUUGACAGCUGCAAGGCCAAGAUGAAGCUGUUCACGUCACACAACAAUAUGACCAACUAUGCUACGGUUUGGGCAUCUCGUACCAACUUGGAGCAGCGCAAAGGUCGUGCAGGUCGUGUACGUCCAGGGUUCAGCUUCCAUUUGUGCAGUCGAGCAAGGUUUGCAAAGCUAGACGAGCACAUGACUCCGGAAAUGUUUCGCACGCCACUCCAUGAGCUUGCCCUGUCCAUCAAGCUGCUGCGUCUGGGUUCCAUCCCUCAGUUUCUUAGCAAAGCCAUCGAACCUCCUCCCAUUGACGCCGUCAUUGAGGCUGAGGUGCUUCUCAGAGAAAUGAAAUGCCUGGAUCGUAAUGAUGAGUUGACUCCACUGGGAAAGAUCUUGGCGAAAUUACCCAUUGAACCAAGACUGGGCAAGAUGAUGAUUCUAGGAGUGAUGUUCUUUUGUGGUGACACUCUGGCCACCGUUGCUGCCAACAGUUCAACAAUGCCUGAAGUGUUUGUUACAGAACGUAGGUUGACUUACCAGCAGAGGGCAUUUGCGGGUAACCGCUGCUCUGAUCACAUCGCCAUGUUGAAUGCCUUCCAAGCCUGGGAGGAUGUGCGUCAGAAUGGACCUAUGGCCGAGGAGAACUUUUGUGAGCACAAGCAGCUCUCUAUACCUACCCUCAGAGUUACAUGGGAGGCCAAGAAACAACUGAAAGAUUUGCUGGCAUCAACUGGGUUCCCAGAAGAGACCAUGAUCCCACAGGUGUACAACUUCAACGGUCCAGACCACAAGUUAGACAUGGUGAUAGCUCUGCUUUGUAUGGGACUGUAUCCUAAUGUCUGCUUCCACAAGGAAAAGAGGAAGGUGCUGACUAUGGAGUCAAAGGCUGCAUUAAUUCACAAACAGUCUGUAAACUGUAGCAAUCUGCCCCAGACAUUCCCCUCACCUUUCUUUGUGUUCGGAGAAAAGGUGCGGACGAGAGCUGUGUCUUGCAAACAAACGACAAUGGUUACACCGAUCCACUUGCUGCUGUUUGGUUCUCGUAAGGUGGAUUAUGUGGAUCACGUCAUACGUUUGGAUGGAUGGAUCAAUCUGAAGAUGAACCCUAGUGUGGCUGCUGCCAUUGUAGCUCUGAGGCCAGCGUUGGAGAGUCUGGUGGUGAGAGCCAGUAAGGAGCCAGAACAAAUCACUGAGCCCACACCACUGGAGGAGAAGGUUAUGAAUGUGAUCCGCCAGCUCUGCAAGCUCAACGCUGGACGUCACAACAUGGAGCCCAUCGGAGUCGCUGGAUUCCAGACAAGAAGGCCUCCGAGAGAGUUUGGUGGAAUGAGAGGAGGAAUGUCGGACAACGGACCACCGCCCAAGUACUUUAGGGGAGGUGGUAGCCCUGGCUGGCGUGGUCGUGGGGGAGACUUCAGGGGCUCUGGGCGCGGGGGCUGGGGUUUCAGAGGUAAUUACUCCGGUGACUAUGGGGGUUACCGAGGAGGGCGACGAGGGGGCUUCAGAGGCAGAUACUAGUUACAUUACCAACAUCAACUCUGGUAGUGACUUAUUAAAAUAUGUUUUCAUAUAGAGUAAGAAAAAACUUGAUGUUUAUCGACAAAUUAUUUUAUUAUGUUUACUUUGUGAUAUUUAUAUUAUAAUUUAGUCUUAAAUAUUAUUGUUUUAGACCAGUGUGACUGUUUAAAGCAAAUGUCAAAUAAACUUGUGUUUAGUAAAAAAUG